CGGCCCCCUCCUGCUCUGAGGGGCGCGGAGACGGCGAAAGAGCCGCGACCCCUCCCCGGGAGGCGUGUCAUGAGGGCUGCGGGCGAGGCGAGCUCCCGGCGGAGGGUCCUUGCCGGCGGCGGCCGGGCGAGACCCGCCGCCGAGCUCUUGCCCGGGGCGGGCUGCUGCUCGCACCUCGCGGCCGCUCUCUCCAGGCCCUUUAUGCGCAGCCACGUCCCCGUGCUGGCCCGGCCCGGCCCCCGCUCUCCGCGAAGCCGCUCACUGCGCCUUUAGCGACGGCGGCUGCGCCUUUAGCGGCGGGCAGGCGGCACCGGGCGGCGGCGGCUCCCGGCGGCUCCCGGCCGCCUCUCUCAGCGCCGCAGGCAAGGGGGCGGCGCGGGGCAUCUGCUGGAAGCCGAUGGGGCGCCGGAGAGCAGGGUGCCGGAGCGCCCAGCGGGCGAGCACCUGACACGGCUGAGGACGGCUUGGCUGCUAGCGGGCAGCCCUGAAAUGGCGAAAGCUCCACUCCCAGCUGGCCCGUGCCGAUUUGGUGGUGCUCAGCGGCACGUGCAGAGUGUUCUCAGAGACUCUGUAGAGAGUUCUGAUGAUGAAUUCUUUGAUGCACGAGAAGAGAUGGUGGAAGGAAAAAAUGCUAUUCUCAUAGGCAUGAGCCAGUGGAACUCAAAUGACCUUGUUGAGCAGAUAGAAACAAUUGGGAAGCUUGAAGAAAAUCAAGGUGAAGAGUCUGCAUUUUGCACAUCUGGCUUACUACAGGAAAAACAACGUGAAUUAUAUAGAACCUCUUUAAGAAAACAAAGGUUCCCUGCACAAGACAGUAUUGAAAUACAUGAGGACAAUGGGGAAGGAGUUCAACACCAGAAUUGUAAAACUCAUGUGUUAAUUUUGAUCCUACAUGGGGGGAACAUAUUAGACACUGGAAGUGGAGACCACAGCAGUAAGCUGGCAGAUAUCAACACCUUCAGUUCUGUGUUUGAGAAGGUGACCCGAGCCCAUUUCCCUGCCUCUUUGGGUCACAUCUUAAUGAAACUUGUUCCCUGCCCAGCAAUCUGUUCAGCAGCUUUCUCUCUUGUUUCCAGCCUAAAUCCUUACAGCUAUGAUGAGAGCUGUCUCAGCAGUAGUGAAGACCACAUCCCACUGGCUGCCUUGCCUUUGCUGGCUGUUUCAUCUCCUCAGUACCAGGAUGCAGUUGCCAUGGUGAUCAGUAGAGCCAAUCAAGUUUACAAUGAGUUUCUCAAAUCUACUGACGGGGCUGGUUUUAAUGGACAGGUGUGUCUUAUAGGUGACUGCAUUGGAGGAAUUUUGGGCUUUGAUGCCAUCUGCUAUAAUUCUAAUACAGCUUAUGAGAGUCGGAACAGUAGCAGGAGAGGAAGCAUCAGCAGCAUCCAGGAUAAUCCACUCUUAGCAGAGGACUCCAGUCUGGGUGACAGCAAACACCUGAGCAAAAGCAAUAUUGACAUCUCAGGAAUCAUGGAGGAUGAGAAGCAAAGGCUGUCGCUGCCUCGGAAACAGAGUGACUCAUCCACUUACGACUGUGAUACCAUAACCCAGCACCAUGCGUUCCUGUCCAGCAUACACUCAAGCGUGUUGAAAGAUGGUGCAGACCUUCCUCCAGUGGAUUCCAGUCUCUCAGAAGUAAAUCUGGGCCGAUUUGAGUUUGAGGUGUCUGAUUUCUUCCUUUUUGGAUCACCUCUUGGUUUGGUGCUGGCCAUGAGGAGCACUGUUCUGCCUGGUCUGGAUGUAUGCCAGGUCCGACCAGCCUGCAGCCAAGUGUACAGCUUCUUUCACUCUGCUGACCCCUCUGCCUGCAGACUUGAACCAUUGUUGGAGAAAAAAUUCCAUCUUCUUCCUCCAUUCAAUGUCCCACGAUACCAGAGAUACCCUCUAGGGGAUGGAAGAUCUCACCAGUUAGGUGAUGCUCUCCACAAUCACAGUGGUCUGUUCCUUGAGAAUAGCUCUUUGAACAUACCUUUCUCUCAGGAGAAUCCUGGAUCUCCAACUGCUUCUGAUCAAUCACAAGGGAAAACAAGAAAGUUGAGCUUGGGCAGCACAAACAGUGAAAACUCCGGGUCCACUGAAAGUUUGCCAUCAGCAUGCUUCACCAACAUUACUGCAAAGUGGUGGGGAACAAAACGAAUAGAUUAUGCCUUGUAUUGUCCAGAUGUGCUGACAGCCUUUCCAACGGUGGCCCUGCCACAUCUCUUUCAUGCCAGCUACUGGGAAUCAACAGACGUUGUGGCCUUCAUCCUAAGACAGGUGAUGAGGUAUGAAAAUGUAAAUUUCAAGGAAAAUGACAACCUGGAUCCAGAAACACUAAGUCCAUCCAAUCCACGAGAAAAAUGGCUACGCAAAAGGACACAUGUCAAAUUGAGGAAUGUGACUGCUAAUCACCGAGCUAAUGAUGUCAUUGCAGCAGAAGAUGGUCCUCAGGUACUAGUUGGGCGCUUUAUGUAUGGACCUCUGGACAUGGUGGCUUUAACAGGUGAAAAGGUGGAUAUCUUCAUAAUGACUGAGCCAUCUUCGGGUAGGUGGGUGUAUUUUGACACAGAGAUCUCCAACAACAGUGGACGAAUAUCCUACAAUAUACCUGAACAGAAGAGACUGAGAGUUGGUGUGUAUCCCAUCAAAAUGGUGGUCAGAGGAGACCAGACCAGUGCUGCAAGUUACCUGACUGUACUGCCCCGAGGAAUGGAGUGUGUUGUAUUCAGCAUUGAUGGUUCCUUUGCAGCAAGUGUUUCAAUUAUGGGAAGUGACCCCAAAGUCCGAGCGGGGGCUGUUGAUGUUGUCAGACAUUGGCAGGACCUGGGAUAUCUGAUUAUCUAUAUCACUGGCCGUCCAGAUAUGCAAAAACAGCGUGUGGUUUCGUGGUUGUCCCAACACAAUUUCCCACAAGGGAUGAUCUUCUUCUCAGAUGGGCUUGUUCAUGACCCACUGCGACAAAAGACCAUUUUUCUCCGGAAUCUCGUGCAAGAGUGCCACAUCAAAAUCUGUGCUGCAUAUGGUUCCAUGAAGGAUAUUUCUGUGUACAGUGUCUUGGCUCUGUCGCCAUCCCAGAUUUACAUAGUUGGACGAUCCACAAAGAAAUACCAGGCACAGUGCCAAUUCCUCAGUGAAGGUUAUGCAGCCCACUUGGCCUCGCUGGAAUUCAAUCUCCAUUCACGACCCAAAAAGAACAACUCUCGGAUGAUCUUGAGAAAAGGCAGCUUUGGCCUCCACUCGCAACCUGAAUUUUUGCGCAAGAGAAACCACCUCCGCAGGACUAUGUCUGUGCAGCAACCUGACCCGCCUUCUGCAAACCCCAAGCCAGAGCGUGCUCAGAGCCAGCCUGAAUCAGACAAAGAUCAUGACAGGCAUUUGCCUUCCAUUGCUUGGGUUCGAGGUGGAGUUCACAAAUUUGAAUCUAUUCCCUAGGAGGAUUGGGAAUAUAGAUCUUGGGUGCACCCCAUUAAUCUUGUAGGCAUGCCUCAAAGAUAGUAUUUAGGCAGCUCCAAACUUAGAGAAGUAGACAGGAAUUUGUACUUUGGAGUCUUCCCUGUUCUGAAAUCUGCCUUCUUACACCAAGUGGGGCACUUCCAGUAUCUUCCUCUUAUCAUGUUUAUUGGGGAAGUUUAAAAAAAUCUAGAACUAUCACAAGUUUAUCAUCAAAGCAACAGGUUAUUUUUUUUUUUUUUAACAGAUAUAAUAUGUGCAAUAAGAGUAAAAGAUACUGAUUUUACUCAGAAGGAUUGUGGUAUCAGCUAAUUAGCUGCACCCAAAAUAGUAUAAAGGGUAGGCCCAGAGGGUUACAGAGAAUGUUUACACUUUAAACAUUAAGUAGUCAUGACUGUUUCCACUUCACUUUUCAAUAAAAGCGAUAAAGGGAAGCAGCAGUGGGAGCUGGAGUGGGGUGGUUAGGACUUGUACAACAAGAUGCUUUCUGGGUGCCUUAAACCCAAGGUUUCCUUUCAGCCUACAGUGUUGGUAAACAGACUCCAACCUGGGCACUCAUAUUUGUGUGAGGUGCUGGACAAAUAAACGAGAGAACUUCACUUGUGAACCAAACAUAAAAACUUCAUGCUAAAAAUAAAUGUGUCUGCCACAGUUUGAACACAGUUCGUGUUGUAAACAAAGUAGUGUGCAACUGUACAAAGAUCACAUUGUUUGUGGAACUUGGUAACUGUGCAGAAAUGUGUGGACUACUCCAAAGAUGAUGGCUCUGAUGAUCUCAGUCCGAGAGUCAGAUCCUGAGGGCAAGUUAAAAGGAACUGUUUUACUAAGGGAUCUGCAAACUUCAGAGGAAUUACUUUUUUAAUUAUUCUAACUAGAAUCUUUACACUGGAGGGGAAAAAAAAGGAAGUAAAUUGAUAAAUUGUUUACCUUCUCAUGCUUCACAGCAACCAGCUGUAUUAAGACAAUCUGUAGCAUUCAGAAUUAUAGAAUUUGAAGUUCAAAGAGUGGACAUGUGAAAAAGCAGGUGCCAAACAGACAUUUUUCUACUGAUUUAAAUAUUUCUCUGAUCGGUCAAUGGACUUACUAGAAGUAAAAUGUGUAACAUUUUCCCUAAGUAGUAAUGUUUCCAAGGCAUUAUAGUUACUUUAACAUUGUAGCAGUUUGCAGAUUCUUCAUGCAGAUACUUCCAUGGGAAUUCAUUAAGAGAACUUCAAUGACAGAAUUGAUGCAUGCUUUAAAACCUGCAAUGAAGUUACAAGUGCGCGUUAGAAAAACCUCUUUUUUUUAGCAGUAAAAGCAUAGUAUUGACACUGAGAAAACUUGAAGUCACAAGGUUUGUUGUUUGUUUUUUAUUUCAGGGAAUUGUGGUGGAGAGGUUGUUGUGCUUCUCCAUCACCCUUUCAGGUUUUGCUAGACCAGAAAGUCUCUCACCAAGUUCGUUAAUGAUUUUGAAAGUUAACAUAUAAAACAAGAAAUGUAAUGGAAAACUAUUAAGACAGCACAGAAGUAAAGUAAGUCUAUACUCCCUGUUAAACCUGAAGUUCCAAAAGUGGGCUUUUGGAAGGGCAUAGGAGUGUGGCUUUAGCCUUAAGAGGUAAAAAAAUAGCUUAUAAGUGGAGAUCUUUGAUUUACAUUUUCAGGCAUUACUUGGCAAGGUUGUCAGUUACCUAUUUCAAACUUCCUGAAAUACCUCUGGCACAUCAGUAGUUGGUUUUGGGGUUUUUUUUUCCUCUAAUGCUUCCUUUAAGGGAAGGGGUAACCUCUACUGAAGAUUAAGGACGGAUAGUAAAAGGUUUGAUAGAAAACACUCUUUGGGAGCAGAUAAGUACAUUACAAGGGGCUAGGGUUUUGUGCUUUGUUGCUACAAAAGCUAAAUGAAAGAUAGUUUGCAGGCUGCAUUGAAGCAGCCUUUACAAAUGCUUUCCCAGUACUAUCAUGGUUCUUGAACCCAUGAUAUUGAAGGAAUUAUUCCAUGUUCUCUCUCAACCCACUACAUGUAUUAAUUCUAAUAUGCGAAUGGAAGGCUUGUGAGAGAGGAACUUACUAGGAAAAUUUUAAGUUUGCUGAGGGGUCUAAAGUAUUGACUGAUCAAAAAGUUCUUUUUAAGCAUUGGGUGUUGUGUAGAAUGUCUCCUGACAGUAAUUGCUAUUCCUGUUCAAAGCUACUGUUGCUUUAGCCAUCUACCUCUAUCACCCAAGAGACUUGAAAACCUAUUUUUUUUUGUUAUAAAUUGCUGUAGUAGAAAGAUCUACUUCCUUUCAAAAGAGGGAUCUGUGUGUAAUUCUGUGACUGUGUUGAAGGAAAUAGUGUCUGAGUACAAAGUUAGAAAAAUCUCCUAGAUUAUAAAGGGCUGUCUUUUACUCUUGGAGACAUAAUGUCAUUUUACAGGGUUCCAUGUCAUGAAGACUGAUUUUGUGUAUUUCUGUUAAUAGCCAGGUCACCUUUACAGUAGUCACUGUGCUGGCUUCCCUUAAGAAUAUUAGGAGAUAGUAGCAGUAAAACAAUGUGUGUGUGUGUGUGUGUGUGUGUGUGUGUGUGUGUGUGUGCGCGUGUGUGUGUGUGCGUGUGCGUGUGUGCACAUGCACGUGUAUGUGUAUGAUUUAGUGUAGUAGCAAGUCCAAAGUUUCUACAAAUGGUAUUAAAUUAAAGCUGAAAAUAUUGUCCCUAACUUUGUUUUACAAUAUAUGAGAGCUUAUAUAGCAUUUGCAUAAUUCCAGCACUGCUGGCUGCUCAUGGCUAGAAUGGCUGUGCAUUUUGGCAAAAUAGUGAUACAGGCAUUUUAGCUACACACUUUGUCCACAUGAAACUGCAUCCAGUCAUUCAGAGGCAUUCAGCUUGCAGUUGGAUUUCAGUUCUACUUGUGUUUUCAUGGAAGAUCAGUCCUCUAGGCAGGCCAUUUGCUGAGGGUAAGUUUGAUCCUAGAGUCAUCUUGAUUGCAAGUUCUCAUUGCUGCAGUUUCUAUGCAGUCAGCACUUACUUAAACUAUACAAACUAUGAAGGUGUUUUAACAUGCACAGAAGGGAAAGGGACAGAGAAGUCAGGUGAGUGUGCCCACAGAACAUACAUUAGACUCCUAAGUUGUUUCAGCACCAUCAGUUUAGUGCCUCCAGUGUGUAACAGAAAAGCACAUUCUUUUAAUGUGCUGAAUGGAGGAAGCAUAAAUAAAAUUGUAAAACACAAAAUUGUUAGUCCAGGGGGUGCUAAGGCUACAGUUCAAGUAAGCUACAACUGGAAGCAUUUACUUCUUUAUCCAGUUGAUAUGGAUUCAUUUUAAAUUACUGUAAAAAAAUGGCUGUGAUUAAUAACAGUGGUAGAGUUAUUUGAGAUAUUGUGAAAAGACACUUUCACAACUGUGGUGUUUUGGUUUUGUCUCUGUGUAUGUGUGUAUAGCUACUGGAAGACACUUAAGUUUUGGUUCUGCUUUCACAGCAAAUUUGUAACCAAUAUACAUUAAAAAAAAGAACAAAACCAACUCAAGCACAGCAACAGCUGUCUGUUUAAUUUUGUUGUCUAGCUAGGUAGGUUUGGAACAAGAUAUCAUUGUAUAGGUUGCAAAAUUCAAUAGUGAUGUUAAUCCAAAUCUGCUUAUUUUGAAUAACUAUAACAUUUUUGUUUGCAUACAGUAAUGCUCUUGGAAUAGAUUUUUGUGUGACCAAAGUAUUUCUGUUUAGUUUUGUGGCAUGGUUUGUAUCUAUUCAGCAUAAAAUUCUGUUAGGUGUAAAAACAACAAAGUACUGGUAAUUCUUAUUCAUUGGGGUUCCAUGAGAACUGUCAUAUUUAUUUGUUUACAUUAGUCUUAGUUUAUACAGAUUACUUUCCUUUUUCCUCUAGUACCUAGGGAAGUCACUUCCAAACAGCCAAAACUUUCACUUGUUAUGUAGAAGUGGAACUACCAGUGAACUAGAGAAAAAAAAUUACACGCCCUGAUCUAUGAAGGCGAAUGACAUUUCUUUCAGAAGCUCCACUAUUCUGCAAAGUAGCCUUUGUUUGUCAUUACUAGUGAGCAAGUUGUCCUGUGUAUACAUUGCAGUCUUUCUUUAGCCAGGACACAUAUAUGCAUUUAACAAAUCCUUAAUAUUUAGAUCUAUAGUAUCAUAAUGUCUUUCAUGGAAUAAAUUUAGAAAGGUAAAAAUAUUUUUUCCCUUCUUUCUAUAUAAUUUUCUGUUUUAAAUUUGCUAAAAGGUUUUGGGUUUUUUUAAUAAGCAUUUAAAAUAAUACCUAAAACCGGUAGGUAUUUUUACACUUUAAAAUUUGUAGGCCAAACAGUUGUUACUGAAUAAGUAGGGUUUUCCCCAGGUUUUUUUCCCCUCUUGCCAUCUAGGCUGCAGAAAAGUGAGUAUAUUGUCACAGGACUCGAUGAAUGAAGCAUGGACAUCUAUUUGCUAAACUCAUUGGCUUGAUAAUAGAAAGAUGAGGAUUAUGCACCAAAAUUUCAUAAUUUUUCUGGUUAGAGAUUGACAUGUGGUAUCUGAACUCAGGAUCUCUGCACUGACUUGUUCAUGUCAGGCAUGCAGGGGAGAAAGCAGCACUUUCAUCCUAGUCUGGAGCUAGUAGAGCAUAGAAUUCCUAUAAGCACAAAACUUUCCAGCCUACCUUUUCAGCUUCUCUAAGAGCAAUGAUUCCUCAUGGUCUGUUCAGAGCUUAAGUAGAAAUUGUGGGUUUGUCAAGGUAAUUAAGAAUUCCAUGAUGUUUAGUCACUCAAGGUGACUGACUAUACAUUCCUACAGAUGAGCCUAACUUCAGAACCCCCCUAAAAAAUGGAAGUAGAAACACAUUUUUCUGGAUUAAAAGAUCUGUUUUUCAGAAAUAUGGCCUGGAACAGUUAGAAUCCAUGGGCUCUGGAAUUGAAGUAAUGUGUUGGCUCUUUCAUUCAUUUUAGGUCAAGCCCAAGAGACAGGGAUUAUUACUGUUUACUUGUAAUUACUUGUAAUUUACUUGUAUUAAUCUCAGUAACCUGUCCUUGAAACUGAAUGGAAUUUUGGGGGGUUGGGGAAGAUAAAUUUGACAGAUGAUUUGUCUUUUGUACGGAUGUAUAGAACCUAGAAGGGGGGAAAAGAGAGAGGCAGGUUUACUGUGAUGUGCUGGGAGAUGGUAUACCAGAGAUUGCAACACUGAAGCAUGAUUUACUGAUAGCGAGUUUGAAAGGUAGGGUUAUUCCUGGAUGCCUGGUGUUCAGCCCAGAAUGGCAGUUCUCUCACAGAACCCCAAGUCUUAUGCAUAACUUGUUUUUCUAGUUGUGGGGGAGAAUAGGGGCAGUCCCUUUACAACUGAUUUCACACAAGGAAACUUGAAAUUGUAGGUGUUCUUUCAGUCUAUAGUUUUAUUAAGUGCUUACUUUUAAAUAUUGUCAGUGAGAAGGUUCUAUCUGGUGACAAAUGUUUAUAUUUCUUAUGGCUGCAUUGUAAAGAUUCAAAAAUGUACAAUAAUGAAUUUCUUACUAUGAAAUAAGGAGUAAGAUUUCUACAACUGCUAUAGAUUUUGAUGUGAGCUGGUUUUUAAAAUCUUAGCCACUUAAAUAAAAUCUUCCUUGCCUUUAAA